CCCCGCCCCGCCCCGCCGCGGGCCCGGGCGCGCGGGAACCCGGGUCCUGCCGCCGCCCGCGCGCGGAGAGGCGGGGCCCUCGCUCCCACCCGCUGCCCGCGCUCCCCAUCCCCCUCCCCGGCCCCGGCCCCGGCCCCGGGCACUCGGCGGCCGGAGCGCCGGGCGGUACCUUCAGCCGCGCAAUGAGAGGAGCCCGGGAGGACCAACCGGAGCGGGCGGGGAGGUUCGCCGCGCCCGGGCUGCUGCCGCCGCCGCGGCUGCUUGAAACUCCUCAAAGUUGAGAGCCGGGGAGAGGCUGCCGCCCGCCGGGAGCCGGAGGAAGGGAAGUCGGAGGUGCGGGAGGGACGGACGCCGACAGACAGACGCGCAGACCUGCGGGAGACACCGCGCCGGCCGCCCGGCCCCGAGCCCGCGAGGCCUCCCGGCGCCGACUCACGUGGGGGGAUGCAUUUAGCAGCAAAGAGGCAACGUAGAGCUCCCCAGGGGAAAUAAAGCCCAUUUCAAAAGUUAUUGGAAAGAAAGUGCACCGGUGGGAGGCUGAGCUGGUGGAAAAGACACCGGGAAGCGGUCCGAGGCGACCAUAAUAAUGUCUGUGCGUUUACACGCGCUGCCCACCCUGCCUGGAGCGGUCAGACCGGGCUGCAGAGAGCUGCUGUGCUUGUUGGUGAUCACGGUGACCGUGACCCCCGGGGCCUCCGGGGCGUGCCCUGCCGCCUGCAUCUGUGCAACUGACAUCGUCAGCUGCACCAACAAAAACCUAUCCAAGGUGCCUGGGAACCUGUUCAGACUGAUGAAGAGACUGGAUCUGAGUUACAACAGAAUCGGGCUUCUGGAUGCCGAGUGGAUUCCAGUGUCGUUGGUGAAGCUGAACACCCUCAUUAUCCGUCACAACAACAUCACCAGCAUCUCCACGGGCAGUUUUUCCACAACUCCAAAUCUGAAGUGUCUGGACUUAUCAUCCAAUAAGCUGAAGACGGUGAAAAAUGCCGUGUUCCAAGAGCUUAAGGUUCUGGAAGUGCUUCUGCUGUACAACAAUUAUAUUUCCUAUCUCGACCCUUCAGCGUUUGGAGGCCUCUCCCAGCUGCAAAAACUCUACUUAAGCAGAAACUUUCUCACGCAGUUUCCUAUGGAUUUGUAUGUAGGAAGGUUCAAGCUGGCAGAACUGAUGUUUUUAGAUGUUUCGUAUAACCGAAUCUCUUCCAUGCCAAUGCACCAUAUCAAUUUAGUGCCAGGAAAACAACUGAGAGGCGUCUACCUUCAUGGAAACCCAUUUGUCUGUGAUUGUUCUCUGUACUCACUGCUGGUCUUCUGGUAUCGUAGGCACUUCAGUUCAGUGAUGGAUUUUAAGAACGAUUACACCUGUCGCCUGUGGUCUGACUCCGGGCACUCCCAUCAGGUACCUCUGCUCCAGGAUAGCUUCAUGAAUUGCUCUGACAGCAUCAUCAAUGGUUCAUUCCGUGCACUUGGCUUUAUUCAUGAGGCUCAGGUUGGGGAAAAGCUGAUUGUCCACUGUGACAGCAAGGUGGGUAGGGCCAAUACCGAUUUCAUCUGGGUCAGGCCAGAUAACAGACUGCUGGAGCCGGAUAAAGAGGUGGAAAACUUUCACGUGUUUCACAAUGGAAGUCUGAUGAUAGAAAGUCCUCGUUUUGAGGAUGCUGGAGUUUAUUCUUGCAUCGCAAUGAAUAGGCAGCGCCUGUUAAAUGAAACUGUGGAUGUCACAAUAAAUGUGAGCAAUUUCACUGUAAGCAAAUCGCAUGCUCAUGAGGCAUUUAACACAGCUUUUACCACUCUUGCUGCCUGUGUGGCCAGUAUCGUUUUGGUACUUUUGUACCUCUAUCUGACUCCAUGCCCCUGCAAGUGUAAAACCAAGAGGCAGAAACAUAUGCUAAACCAAAGCAAUGCUCAUUCUUCGAUACUCAGUCCCGGCCCUGCUGGCGAUGCCUCCGCUGAUGAACGGAAGGCAGGUGCAGGUAAAAGAGUGGUGUUUCUGGAACCCAUGAAGGAUACCACUGCAGCAGGGCAGAAUGGGAAGGUCAGGCUCUUUCCCAGUGAGGCGGUGAUAGCUGAGGGCAUCUUAAAGUCCACGAAGGGCAAGUCCGACUCAGAUUCGGUCAAUUCGGUGUUUUCAGACACCCCUUUUGUGGCGUCCACUUAAUUUUGUGCCUGUAUUUGUAUGCUGUCGUAAUUUAAUCGCUUCCUGUUUUACUUUGUGUUCCCCCAAAUAAACAGCAGGACAGAGACUGUGUUGUUUUGUUACUUGAAAUACAACCAAAUGGUCUCUUAAAGUGGUUGAUAGGAAAUGAGCUAAAGCACUUUGGUUCUUCAGUGUGCCAGAGGAAGAUGGGGUUGUGUUCCAAAGUUUAAAUUCUAGGUAACAGUAUCUUAGUCUUUAGCGCUAUUGAUCCUUUCAAAGCUGGCCCGGAGGCGAUAUGACUGGCAUUGUCCCUCUAUUCAGGUUUUUUAAAGGAAAAAGUAAACUUCAAGUAUUACUGUUGUUUGCUAACUUAUUAGGACCAAAGUUGAGUUAUUGUAAAGAAAAACACUAGUGUCAUAUUCAUUUUUCAAAAAAUGUAGGAGGAAGAAUCAAGCAGCAAUGAUUUAUAAAGCAAAGUUAGAUUUGGGAAUUAUGCAGCCAAAACAAUCACUUCAGACCAGAAUGAGUAGACCACAUUGAUAAAAUUUACUGCAUAAUGCUCCAUCCUAUUUGGUGUUAGAUAAAUAGUGCAAGAAAAGCACAUUUGUUUGCCUGUCUUCUUUUCAUUCUGUACUUUUGCACAAAAGAUAUCACUGCAAGUUUAAAGUCACCAUUAUUUGUUGCCAUAAAUAUGUAAGUGUCAGUACCAAAAUGUCUGAGUAACUUCUUAAAUCUUUGUUCUAGUAAGACUAAUAUUUGUUCAUAUGCUUGUGUAUAUGUAAAUCUUAAAUUAUGUGAACUAUUAUUAAGUUGACUGUACUGUGCUUUGGACAUUUAAAUUAAUGUAAAUAUAUGUAAUCUGUAACUUGA